AUGACCAUGGCCGCAACAAUAAGAACCGUACUUUCCGUUGCUCGUUCCACUUCAACCUCUUUUCACAAUCCAACUGAAAUUUCAAACUCUCUCUAUAUCCUCACUUCUUCCCAUCCUCAUUUCUCCACUUCUUCUUCUUCCGAGGAUGAUUUUGGAGAAAUCAGUGAUGGUAGAUUUAAGAAAUGGAAAAAUGGAGGUGGAAUUUUCCAUGAAUCGGCUUGCAUUGAUGCCACUGCUUUUGUAGAUGUUGGUGCUGUUGUUCAUUCGGAAUCUGUUGUUGGUUCGAAUGUUCGUAUUGGUUCUGGAACUGUUGUUGGUCUUUCUGUUGCGAUUUCUCAUUCGACUAAAAUUGGGUUUAACGUCUCACUUAGUAAUUGCAGUAUAGGUGAUUCAUGUGUAAUUCACAAUGGAGUCUGCAUUGGUCAAGAUGGGUUCGGAUUUUAUGUGGACGGUGAUGGUAAAAUGAUAAAGAAGCCUCAGAAGCUGAAUGUCAUAAUAGGGAGCAAUGUUGAAAUUGGUGCAAAUACAUGCAUUGACAGGGGCAGCUGGAGAGAUACAGUUAUUGGGGACAACUCGAAGAUAGAUAAUUUAGUUCAGAUUGGUCACAAUGUAGUUAUUGGGAAGAGUUGUAUGCUUUGUGGACAAGUUGGGAUUGCAGGCUCAGCAACAAUAGGAGAUUAUGUGACUAUGGGAGGAAGGGCAGCAGUGCGGGAUCAUGUAUCAAUUGCAUCAAAGGUUCGGCUUGCUGCGUUAAGUUGCGUAACCAAGGACAUCACAGAGCCAGGCGACUAUGGUGGCUUUCCAGCUGUUUCUAUUCACAAAUGGCGGAGACAAGUUGCUAGCGGUUUUGCAGUUAGGGGAGUCUGA